AUGAAGUUCCCUGGUACAGAAGUCUACGUUACUAUUGUCUAUGCGUGUCGCUCCAAGACCAAGUUUAACGCGCGACAGAAGCCCCAGCUGGCUAGGAAGAAGUACCAGUGGAAGCUGUUCUUUGGGCAUAUUUGGUUCCACAGCAUCAACACCAUAACAGAUGAUUGCAUGCAAAGGAUCGUAGCGAAGGAAAUUCCCAAGAACAAAGAGAAAGUUGUCACAUUUGUCAGUAUGAAGGGCCUAGUGGUCGAGUUCUUGUCCAGACCUAAGCGGAGCAGUACAGGCCUCUGCACAAACAUCCCGACGGGAGGAAGUGAUGGUGUUGAAGAAACGAGUCGAGGAGUGCUCACGGCAGGUUCAUCGACAGUAGUAGCACGCUGCCCUGCAAAAGACGAUGCUUUGAUGGCUUACCUCAAAUCGAUGGACGUGAUGCUUACGGAGACGCAGAGGCAGUGGAAGGCGCAGUCUCGUUGCACCGUGGAAGACAAGAAGCUAUUGCUUGUUGGUUUGCGAGCGGUUUAGGUGGAGGUGCGAACAGUGGUCGAACGGCGAAAAAGGUCUUACGCUCUAUGACCAGAAUUCAUGUACCUGGUAGGGUGUUGGUCGCCCAAGACUUGUGACGCCAUGCGUCAUUAUCACAUCACUGACUAGGAUUUGAGAGCGAUGAAGUUCAUGGAGCAGAAGUUUACGUUCCUAAUGUCAAUGCGUUCAUGGCACGACUUUACCAUCUACACGGAUUGCAAGCCCUUGAUAAGCCUGUUGAAGGUCGGCCCAUGCCUCCGAAUACGACAACUACUAUACGUCGGGUUGUCGUCCGGUGCCUAUUGAAGGUUAUGAGUCGGGUCUCAGCCCGCGAGCGUUGUUCCGGUCACCAAGGAGCGGAAUACUCAGCGUCCAAAUAUGCGCUGAAAGGAAGAUGGCGCUGGAGCGAUGGCCUGGGGUGAAGCUGGACCAGUUCGCCAAUCAGUGGAAGGGAACAAGUAGUUUGCCUUGUACGCCUCCGACGAGGAAGGAGACGACACGAGGAGGGCGACGUAUAAACGGUACCGAUUAUCGAGGUGUUCUGUUUUGUCACCCUAUUUUGGGAUGACAUCUCCCGGUUCCUUUGCCACUUUCAGGGUGAGUCCAAGGCCUAC